UGGAGAAUUUUCUGUCGAAGUUUUUGGCGAUUCUCGUGUUGGUUUUGAUCAACUUUUGUCCAGCGUUAACUGGGUUCGACACCAAUGAUUAUUUGAAGAGAGAACACUCUUUGGUGAAACCGUACCAGGGGUCUGGGAUGAAUGUGCCAUUGUGGGAUUUCUAUGGCAGUACAAUGGUGACAAAUAACUUUAUACGGUUGACGUCUGACAGACAAAGUCAACAAGGAAGUAUUUGGAAUAGUUUGCCUUGUUUCAUCAGGAAUUGGGAGCUUCAUGUCCAUUUCAAGGUUCAUGGAUCUGGGAAAAGUCUGUUUGGGGAUGGGUUUGCGAUAUGGUACACAAGAGACAGAAUGCAGCCAGGUCCAGUAUUUGGCAGCAAAGACUUUUUCAGUGGGUUGGCUAUAUUCAUGGAUACCUAUAGCAAUCACAAUGGACCACAUCAGCACACUCACCCCUAUAUAUCAGCUAUGGUGAGUAAUGGUACCGUGCACUAUGAUCAUGACCAGGAUGGCACCCUUACCCAACUCAAUGGCUGUGAAUCUUCAUUCAGGAACAAAGAUGUGGAGACGUUUAUAGCCGUCCGGUACCAUGAUAAUACACUAAAGGUUUCAACAGAUAUUGAGGGGAAUGGUGAAUGGAAAGAGUGUUUCACGUCAACUGGGGUAAAACUACCAACAGGAUAUUUUUUUGGAAUAUCAGCUGCAACAGGAGAAUUGGCAGAUAACCAUGACAUCAUUUCUGUAAAGCUUUAUGAACUGGAGGCUCCAGAAAAUCAAAAAGAUGAUCCAUUAGAUUACAGCAAAAUUUUACCAUCUGCUCAAAAUACUGAACCUGCAAGGGAUCGGGUGGACGAUACAAAAACAAGUUCUUUCUCCGGGUGGAAGUUACUACUUCUUAUUAUUUUAAUCAUCAUUGGAGUUGGAGUGUGUGGAAUGGUUGGAUUUGUCUUGUAUCAAAACAAACAACAACACAAUCGCAAACGAUUCUAUUAAUAACAUUGAUCAUUAAAUCAUCCCUUCUUUAAUCACAACGAUGUGGUAUUCAGCCAUAAUCAUUCAUAACAGUAUCAUGUUGAAAUUAAAUAAAAAAGGAAAAAGUUUGCACAAGAAAUGUGAGAGAGUAGAAAACAUCAAAUACCAAAUAUUGUUUUAAGGUAAUAGUAUGUUUUGUUCUGAUUUUUGGCAACAAUACCUGUUUGUUUUUUGUAAUAAAGGAAGUCAUGUUUUGUCAAUGACUUUGAUACACUGUUUCAUGAUAAUAAAUCAUAAGCCUCCGCUAUUUUUGUAAAUGGUUUUAGUAUGGUUAGGGUGUGUUUCAGUUGAUUUCUGAGUUCAGACAAUGAAAGCAGUGUAUGAUAAUUGUGCUGUAGAUAAAAUUGGAGGUGGUGAACAUUCAUUUUUAUGAAGUAUGUAUGUACACCAUAUUGCUUGGCAGAAUGUCAGACCUUUGGUACAAGUACUAUUUUAUAAAAUCACCUUAGAUUUUCUUGGGUGAAAAAUUCUAUAAAAUUAAAGUUGAUUUAGUACACACAUAAUACAUUUACCUAAGGUAUUCAUGUUGAUGUCACAGAAUUUUCACUUGUGUGCAUUUGAAAACUUUAGUGUUGGUAAUCUUGUCUGUUCAAUUCUGGCGUAGAUAUUAGCCAAGUGUUUAUUGUGCUAUUAGUCAUGCUAUUUUUUGUAUGACAACAAUCAUAUAUUCAUAGGUACUGCAGCAAGGAAACUGAUGUGAAACCCGUAGCUGCAUGUAUGUAUUCCUUGUGUACAGUAUCUCUCCAUCAAAUAUUGCCAAAGUGGAGUUCUACAGUAUCAUUGAUUCUUUUCUAAUGUAUGGUGGUCAGCGUUUAAAUUGCCUGGUAAUCUCUGUAGCACUCCUAUAUUAGAUGGAUAGUCAGGCACAUGGCUAGGUACAGUUAUCUACCCUACCAUUAAACCUGACAACUGUCAUAUAUGAGUGAAAUAUUCUACAGGAUGGGUUGAAUCAUAGGUUGGAUAAAUAUCAGCAACACUGUGUGUUAUAUAAUAUUUAAUCUUUGCGUAGGAGGUCAUUAGGAAAAUUGUUCCAGAAUUACAUGUAUACACAUGUUAAUACUGAUGUACUAAAUCUAUGUAAUCCAGAACCAGUGUUCAAAAUUAAAAUUUUCGUCACUAAAUCAGCUAAACAUUUUGUACAAAUCUCAGUGAGCCAGCAUAUGCCCUGUGUCAGUAUGCUUUCAUAUUUGAUGGCGUGUACAGUUCAUAUUGUAUGCUGCAAAGAAAGCCUGGAUGAAACAAACAAUAUGUACUAAUAUGAAAUAUGUCAUCAUUACAUUUACGACUUCCUCUGCAUUAUUUUACAUGUAUAACAAUUCUGUAUUCUCGUCAUCAUAUGACUGAAAAAUUGUUAAGCAUGACGUUAAACCCCAAGCACUCACUCACUCUAUCUGUAUUCUGUAUUAUUAUAUUUUUUUAUUUCUAAUAUUUUUUUUAAAAAUUUUGUCUUUAGUUUCUUUUUUUUUCUAUACAGAAACAGUACAGGUCAUCUUCACCAGAUUUUGAUGAAAUACACUUUAAAAAAUUACCAGUACCAGUAGUUCAAAAAGUGUGAUCUCAAUAGGUAAAAGUUGAACUGAUUUACAGUUUUAGUUUAUUGUGUAAAUACACAACUGAAGAUCUUAGUUACUAUAGUGCCUAUAAUGAAAUAAGUCUACGUUAAACUUGUAUGAAAUUGUACAAAACAAAUGGCUUCUGUGGUUUCUCGCAUAUUUUUUCGAUUUUGAAAGGCGCAAUUUAGCAAGUUGAUGAUGUUGUUAGAAGAAGACAUUUUGAGAUUUUUGUACAAAAGUUGAUAUUUAUAUUUCCAUGCACCUUGAGUCUGUUGGCCUGUGCCAAAUUGUUGACACACAAAAUGAUGAAGUAUGGCACUUUUGAAUUCACAUAAAUGAAUUUCUUGCAAUUACAAAACGUUACAAAAACAGACAGAAAAAACUUUUUGUGUGGCUGUUUUGCAAUGACUAAACUUUUUAGGCGUUUCCAAGUAUGUGUAUGUUUUUAUGUGCAAAAUUCUCAUGUAACGUAUAAGAAUGUUCAAUUUCACAAAAAGACAUUCAGGAACUUUAGCUACAAUCAUAUCAAUUAGUUGACAGGUAAGCGUGCUAUUUAAUCCGUCACUCAUGAGCUGUCCUGUAUACCUGUGUAUAAAUUAAGCACUAGUACCCAAUGUUAAUAAUUGGCAUAUAGCAUUACUGAUACCUUAGUGUGGGUUUUGUGUGCUAGUUGACUUUACAAUUUUGUUGUUGUAUGAACUUCAAAUGGGUCCUGGUGGUGGGAUUAGAGACGUUAGUGCUAGUGUUGUAAAUGUAAUCCUUGUUUAAGACAAGGAUUAAAAAUGCACUUUUGAAAACGCAUUAUUUAGUGCAUAUGUAUGCCGGUGUAGACUUAGUUCAUGAUUUUUUAUAUUGCCUGUGGUCCAAAAUUGAUAUCACCUGUGCCCUCCUAUGGUGUAUUAAUAAAAGCUGCAGUAUUCAUUUAAAAGAGAGUAUAAAUUAAUUCAUUAGGCUUAUGAAAUAAGUUUAUAGGAAUGAAAUGAUUAAUGAUUGGUGCUUGAUUGUAUAUACAGAAUGGUGUUAUAAAUCCUUACUAAUUUAGCUAACUGUAGUGUGUUGCAUUUUAGUUCUGAUUGCUGACCGAAACAGUGUUACAUUUAAAAAUUGUUAAAUUGUGGAACUUUGUUUUGUUUGAUCUUCUUUACAAUGGUCAGGUACUGUUAUCAGAGCUUUUGUUAGUUUUGUACUUUAUAUCACACCAACAUACGCUUGUAUGUAAGCUGAAGUUGUGAAUGAGGCAAUAUUUCUUCAGUUUUGCUAAUUUCAUUCGGUUAACAUUGUUCCAACUUUGUAAAUCUUGUAUCAGAAAAUAAAAUGCAUUUAUAACAAUACUUUGUGGGCAAAUCUGCGUGUCAUAGUAGGGAGUAACCUCCCUUAGUAGAUAGGGUUUUCUUUGUGCGGAGGGUUUAAAGCACGAUUUGGCACGAAAAUGG